AUGUCUGUCAUGUCUACUGCUGAUGCUACUCCUACCAAUACAACGGAUUUAUUUAAUUCACAUUCCUCUUCUAAAGGAAAAGAAAAGGAAGAUACUACUACUUACAUUGUAUCACAACAAUCUCAAGGAGAAUCUGAUUCUUAUACCAAAGAAGAUAAAUUGAAGAAAGCAUCUGGAAUGUUAUUUGGAAAACAACAAGAUGUCACUGAAUGUAUGGAUAAUGUUAUGUUUCAAUUGGAAGCGGCUCUGAAAUCUAUCAUGACAAAUGAAAAUGCUCAAGCUGAAAGAGAAGUUACUUUAAUAACAUCACCUCCAAUACUUCAAAUUCAAAGAGUACAAUUUGAUCGAUCAACUUCAAACAUCUAUAAAUCAAAUGCAUACCUUCGAUUCGAAAAAGCAAUCUAUCUUGAUAGAUAUCUUGAUAAGAAUCGAGAAAUCUUACGUAAUUUAAUUAAGGAAGCAAAUGAAUGGAGAAAAGAAAUUGAUACCUUACAAGAAGAACUUAAGGAUUUUUCUCGUGAUAAGGUUAUCGAUUUACUUAAAUCAUCGGCUGAAUUUGUUCAAUCCUUAAAAAAUGAGGAUUUCAUAAUGGAUGAAAAUUUUGGACGGGAAUUAGAAGAAGAAAGUGAUUGGGUGGUUAAAAAAAUAAAUGAAUAUGAAGGCAGAAUAAAUUCUUUAAGAUAUUCAUUAAAUACUCAAUACAAUCAUCUAACUGAAUGUAAAUAUUUAUUACACGCCGUAUUUAUUCAUAGCGGUCAAGCGAAUUUUGGUCAUUAUUGGAUAUACAUUUAUGAUUUUGAAAAGAAUCGAUGGUUAAAAUAUAACGAUUCUUAUGUUGACGAGAAUGAAGUAUUUGCUGAUACAACUGGUUCUUCAGCAAAUCCAUAUUGCAUGGUUUAUGUACGAGAGCAAGUAUGCC